AUGGAGAAUAAAAUAGAAUUUAAGGACAUCUUACUACCUCGUGAUACUCACUUUGGUAUAGUGAAAUUCAUGACCCGCUCUUGGAGCCCUAAAAAGACAUUGAACCUUGAUAAGGAAUAUUUGCCGCAAGAUAUUAAAGACUUAGUAUUAAAAUCAACGUAUUUGGAUUCUAUCUUAGAUGCGGAAUGUGUAAGAAAUGGUGUCUCAAAGCACCAAUUAAGGAAGGAAGUAGUAAAUUAUGUUGAAGAAAUAGCAAUGGACAAACGGAUGCAUGUUAUUCGAUGGAUGGGAGUUUUCUUUCUUAAAGUAUCAUUCAUGAUGAAAAUUGGUAUUUUUGUCAAUGAACCUGCUGUCUUGAAGCUCAAAGAGACAAUGGGUGAGAAUCCUGUGCUGUUUCUGCCAACACACAGAAGUUAUGCAGAUUUCUGCCUUAUGACAUACCUUUGCUAUCAUUACGAUAUUGAGUUACCUGCUGUUGCUGCAGGCAUGGAUUUCUACACCAUGGCAGUAGUGGGCCAAAUGAUGCGGGAAACGGGGGCCUUUUAUAUGCGACGUACGUUAGCAGGUGCACCCCUAUAUUCGGCGACCUUACGCCAUUAUGUAAGAACACUGGUCGGCCACUACGGAGCUCCCGUUGAGUUCUUUCUAGAGGGAACCAGGAGUAGAAGUAAUAAAAGUUUAUCGCCGAAAUACGGAAUGUUAGCAAUGACUCUCUUGCCAUACUUCGCUCGGGAGGUGGACGACAUAACCAUAGUUCCCGUGAACAUUAGCUACGACCGGGUCAUGGAGCAGAGUUUAUUCGCCUACGAACACCUAGGAGUGCCCAAACCUAAAGAAACUACAGGGGGACUGAUAAAAGCCCUGCACACACUGAACGACAAUUUUGGCGAUAUCUACAUUAACCUUGGAUCGCCGAUGUCCAUAAAAGAGUAUUUGGGCCACCCUGAGCUAUCCGCUGAGACUCUAAAACCGCGUGAUCUUCAAAAGUUAACGGAUGAACAGAUGACGCACGUGCAAAAGCUAGCUGACCACGUGGUCACACUGCAGCAGGACUGUACUGUGGUCACGAUUACGAAUUUACUAUGUAUCGUCCUUAUGGACAGCCUCUAUAGAAAUAAGGUCCUAUGCUUGCAAGAAGUAGAGUCACAGAUUGGCUGGUUAAUAAAAGUCCUGCGUAGUUUAGGAGCCAAUGUCUUUGAAAGGGAUGUUAAAAGCGGCAUUGAAAGGGUGUUAACGGUGCACAGGAGUAUGAUGAGGUUGGACAAGGAGAAGAGGCUUCGAUUAGUGUCCAGCGCGCUGAUGAAUAUGACAAAUGACGUCCAGAGGAAGAUGAAAGGGCAUAUAUUGAAAGCAGAGACGAUGGUUAACGCAGUACCGAUUAUUCAAGUGCAGCUGUAUAUAAACCCUGUGUUACACUACUGUGUGCCGUCGGCUUUGGUCUACCUUAUUGCGAGCCGCGGAAAUAUACUUAAAGCGGAAUUAUACACAGAGUACACUCUUUUUAGAAAAUUACUUAAGCACGAAUUCUUCCAUUUAGAAGGCAUUGAAGAAGCGAAUUUCAACAAGGCGCUAGAAUAUUGCGUUCACAAUGGAGUGCUUUCGAGUAGUGGCGACGUGUUGGCCAACAGAUCGGGCGACAAGUUGCACAACAGAUCGGGAGAUGAGUUGCACUUCCUGCUUCAAUGGGCCGUGAUACCUGCCUUGACUACGUUGUUCGCGUGCGCCGAAGUUAUGCGAGAGUGCAAGAAAUGUGAACACAAGCGGGCUCUCAAACGGGUUCAAGAAAUAACGGAACUCAGAAAGUGUCACCCCUACUGCCUCAGUCUGGACGCAAUUUCGAACUGUUUGCAAGGGCUCGUACAUGCUGAAGCGCUUCUUAAAUAUAAAGUGAAAAAUGACAUGAUAUACGAAGUGGUUCCCGCCGUCAUGGAUCGAUGCCAUCACUUAAUUAGUUCAAUUAUUCCUAAGCUUAGAUUAGUUUUUGACGAUAGCAACCCCGUCAUAGUACACCAGAAGCAGCGUGCGCGUCUUUGA